AAAAUAAUUUUUAAAAAUAUAAAAUUUUAUUUACUUAAAUGAUGAAUGAAUAUUGUAGGUGGCGGUAGUUGUUGCCAUGUUGUUUCUCUAAGUGUAAUGACGUCUUAACGCUAACCGACUUCAAUGACGAAUUUAUAGUUUUAAAACGUUUAAUAUCGAAGAUAAUCUUGGAUUACAUCAUCGCAGACAAUCUAUACAACACACAAUAAGGCGAACAGGUCAGAUUUCUUGAUAAUAUAACGAAUUACAUACCGUCUGAAAGGAUCGAAGGAGCAGACGAUAAUCUGCUGGAUGGUUAUUGGCAUGUUAGAGGCAUCGGUUGUUUUUAAAGGAAGGAACUCACAUUUGACAUUUGGCCAAGCUUAGGCAGUAUGUCAAGAGAAAAUACAGGAAUGCGUGUUCGUACAUUACCUGUCAGUGUACCUGACAGGGUAGCGCAGAUAUAUUAUCGUCAUGGUGUGUUUUGUGCUAGUCAUCCUUAUGCAAUUAUGCUUUUAACUAUUUUAAUUUUGGCUGUAUGCUGUUAUCCUGUUAUUUAUCUUCCUCUUUUGGGAAGUUCAUCUCAAGAAUACUCUACUCCUGUACAGAAUUUUGCAUCAAUGAAUAUCAAUGGUGGGGAUAAUUUUCCAGAUCAAGGACCACGGUGGUUUCAAGGAUCUCCUGUAGGUUUUGUGCAGCAAAUUGUUAUAAAAAGUAUUGUGACACCUUGGAAACCAGGGCUUAUAUUAACUGAUGCAUUCAGAGGACCAUUAGCGGAAGGUUUUCAUGUUCUAGAGAUGAUUAGAAAUCAUCAAACUGAUAAUGGAAAGCAAACAUCACUUUCUGAUAUUUGUUUACAAGUGUCAGAACCAGUUGACAAGAGUUUCCAAGGACUACCACAGUAUAGUUGUCUAAUUGUUUCUCCUGCACAUAUAUGGAUGCAAGAUAUCAAUAGAUUUCAACAGGAUUCUGACAUUAUCAAAACAAUAUUCAAAUCAAGUGGUGAUAUUUCUGAUUCUUCUAAUUUAAGAGACAUAUUGUUUGGUGUUCCUUGGAAAGAGACUGGAAUAAAGAAGCUAAAUAUGAGGACAAGACCUAGGAUUAUUACUUAUGCCAUUACUGUAAUACUGAAAAAAUUUAAUAUUGAUUUUAUGCAAAGUUUAUAUAAAACUCUUCAGUCAAAAUACAAUUUUCCUCCUUACCCAGAAAAUGUUACAUAUAAUCCCAACGAAAGUUAUAUUUCUCAUGUUCAGUUUCAAGAUCAAUAUACUAUGGCAGAAUUUGUUCCUCUUGGAGUAACAUACAUUAUCUUAUUUCUGUACAUUUACUUUUCAGUUUGUAAAAUAGAAAUGGUGAAAUCAAAAUGGGCAUUAGCAAUGAGUGCUGUAUUUACUGUUCUUAUGUCUUUAUUGAUGUCAGUUGGACUUUGUCUGUGGUUUGGUUUGCAUCCAACUUUAAAUGGAAGUGAAAUAUUACCCUACUUGAUAGUCAUUAUUGGAUUAGAAAAUAUGUUAGUUUUGACCAAAUCAGUUGUUUCAACUCCAGAUAAUCUCGACACAAAAGUGAGAUUAGCUCAAGGUUUAAGUAAAGAAGGCUGGUCCAUUACAAAAAAUUUAUUUACUGAACUUGCACUUUUAACAUUUGCUUUUUUUACAUUUGUGCCAGCUAUUCAGGAAUUUUGCCUUUUUGCUGUAGUUGGAUUAUUAUCUGAUUUUUUUCUUCAGCUUGUGUUUUUUACAACUGUUCUUUCGAUUGAUAUUGGAAGAACUGAGGUAACAGAUUAUCAUAGGGAUGGUCAUCAUAUAAAAUUGUUCAAUUCAAAGCAGAAUCAUAUUUAUAACAAAUAUUCAUCUGUCAGAGGAAAUACAUUAGAAUCAUCUGCAAUACAUAAAACAAAAUUUGGAAGCACCCAUCUAAAGUCUCCAUUUGUUUCUCAACAAAACUCAUAUCCAAUUAAUCAGGCAAAUGGGAAAACACCUAUACUUGUCAAAUUACCAAAAAGAUUAAAAUUUGUGUACUUUUGGGCACGUACUAGGAUAGUUCAAAGAGGUUUGAUGAUCUGUCUAGUUUUUUGGAUUUUUCUGUUAUUAUACAAGUCUGGAAUUGUUGGACAUCUUGCAGAUAACACCACUCGAUUGGGUCCAACUCUUAGUGAACAAGUGGCACCUUUGUUCUUCACUCUGACUGGCAGUUCUAUUAAAUCUAAAGGAUCAGAUUUGAAUACAGAAAGGAAUGAAGAAGAAAGCGAGCAUACCAGUUCCAAGAAAUUUUGGCUUUAUCAUCAUAAACUUAAUAAUUGGCAAAGUUUACCUUCUAGUUAUUGGUCUACACUCUUUCGAUGUUACAAUAUAUCUCUUUCUGGAAGUUACAUCAGUAUGCUGCCCACCAUCCAUCUUUCCAUUCCCGUAGAUCCAGAUGUUGCUCUAAAAUUGCGACAUCCUGCCGAAGUCUAUUAUAAGUCUAAAGAUAACCAGAAAUUUUCAGAUUCUUCAGAAUUCGACGAUCCACCCGUUCUCGAUAUACCUUAUCAUCCUUCGUCUCCGGCGGAAGUUGCCCUUGCCAUCGCUUUAUCCAUUCCCAGUAUAAUAUUUAUUGUCUACGUCAUGGUUCUUUUGUAUCGUUGUAUGUGUUCUCGGCAUUAUGCGGAGUGGAGAAGUUCCUGGUCACAUCAAAAGUUGAAUAAUUCUGCUAGAGAAGAGUAUACCUGUGCCGAAUCGGAUAGUUACUUUAUUUCUGAGACAUUCCCCAUAAAACUACAGGGGCAUUCUUAUGAAAUUGAGAAUUUUGUUGCCGAAGAAAAUAUCGUUGCCAGUUCCUGUUUAGGAGGAGAUAUUUGCAUCUGGGAUGCACUUUCUGGCGAAUGUGUGAAAAUCAUCAAGAGGGCAAAAAGAUCGAAUAAACAGGAAAAUGAGAAUUUUGCUCAUCGAAGAAGUGUGUCGUCCGGUUCUAACAACAGUUUGUCCGUUUCUGUCGAAUGCGAAUCAAACAUUCCAAAUAACCAAACUAGUGAAUCUGUUUUCAGCAAUAAAUAUCGAAUUAGUCUGACGAGUCAGACUUGCUCCGAGUUCGAGUUAAGAAACAAGAAUCGUUCGGGUUACGAUUUUAGUAAAUAUUGUAAAUGUCUGGACGUUAAAAAGGACGUAAAUUUAAACGUGGAGAAAGACGUGGACAAAAACAGUAAUUUAAAUAAAUCAAACGAUAUAAAUGUCGGACAUUUAACCGAAAACGAGCCUAGGAGAGAUUUGAAUACAAAAUAUUCGUCCCUAAAAUAUCAGCCCGUGUGGUGUAUGGACUGCAAACAGGAUCGUCUAGUUCUGGGUUGUUCGGAGGGUCGGUUGGAAGUUUGGGAUACAAAUUCUGGCCAGCUUCAGGCUGUUUACGAAGAUAACGAUUCUGGAAUAACGUCGGUUUAUUUAGUAGAAAACAGGAUAAUUGCGGCAAGAUUAAACGGCAUUUUGGAAUUUUUCGUAUUAAAUAAUUUAGAGUGUCAUAAUGAAGAGCUAUUUAAAAAAAUAAACGGAGUAUCGACUCCCGUGGUCGCGUCCACGCAGAAUACGAAAUUAAAAUGCUCUCUGUCCAGUAGUAUCCACGCUCACACUCAACCUAUCGUGAGAUUAGUGGUCGGAGGAGGUCACGUCAUCACGGGUAGUCAAGAUCAUCUCGUAAAGGUAUUCCGAUACGAAUCUCUCGUCUGUAUAUACACUCUCCACGGCCAUUCGGGUGGCGUAACCGCAUUACACAUGGACCAGAAUCCCACGUCGUCGGCGGCCAGCGGGUGUCAAGACGGAAUGAUCUGCGUGUGGGAUCUUCUCACCGGUACCUGCGUUUACAGUUUGGCCGCGCACAGGGGUGCAGUCAGGACCCUUUUGACCACGUAUAUGUACGUAAUUAGUUAUGGUUUGGACGACUGCAUGUGCAUCUGGGAAAAGUGCCAAGGUCACUUGUUACAUACGAUUCAUCAGCCUUACAGUAUAUGUCACAACGUCGUCCUACUUACUAAUAACGUCAUCGUUACUGCGAAAGAAGAUCAUCUGGUGUUGUGGGACGUGAAUCACGGCGAGACCUUACAAAUGAUAAGUCUGGGGUCCUACGAACAGGGAGCAUUCGUCAAAAAACUGAAACUGGCCGGAAGAGCGUUGGUGUGNUUUUUUUUUCCAGUUUAUAUAGUAAAUACCGGCAAAGUUAAGUAUUUGUAUUUCUUUAAUUCACUAGUUAGAGGGUGAAAUAAAAUAUUCUGCACAUUCGAAAUAAACACUUUUUUAUUGAUAUUAAAAAAUACUUUACGUAAAAAUACGUAAAAAAUACUUAAAAAAUGACCGUUAUUAGUUGAUAAUUCGAUUAAAAAAGAUACCAAAAUACAUUCGAGUGAUAAUAUAUAAUGUUGUAAUCUUAUAUAAGAAGUAAAAGAAUGGAUUUUCUAUUAAAAGAAACUUGUAGUUACUUCUUUUAGCUGAAAUUAUCCUUUGGAAAUUCGAAUGUACGACACGUGCAGCGAAAAAAAAACAAGACUACCGCGACACUAAUGUGAUCACCUGACCAAACGCGCCUCGGCCCGACGCGUGUUCGAAGCGGUGGCUCUUAACGCCACCUGCCUUUAGCGCGCACCAUAAAUCGAAUAGCCCGGCCCUUACCAAAGCCAAGUUCCUAUUUAAAAAACGUGCUCGAGCAAAUAUUACGCGUGAUAAUAAGUCUCGGUAACGCGCAAAUUGCUUGGGCAUACGUCGACCGUCAUUUAGAACUGCGUCGGUUAACUAAUGGUGGUCGCACCCGCGGGCCAAUUAGUCCGAAACGCGCCGAGCGUCGGAGGAGACGACUUACCCGGGCGGGCGUGGUGGGUAAAUGGCCUCAUUGGUCGAAAACGUAUCGCGUGUCGAGCAUUCGACACUCGAGCUGUCAUCGUUCCCAUUCAUUUUGAAGGAUCCACAAUAGAAGUGAAUGGAACGGAACACGAACCGGUGGCUCCAUCUGACGCCGGUUCUAUAUUUAGAGCCGGGUCGAAGUGUUUGGCGUGCCAUUUGUAGGACGAGGAAUCUACUUUCGCUAUUCUUGGUUCGGUAACGAUUCUAGAAGGAUCUCGUCUGCUCUGUGGAUUAAAUCCUCCUCUCUCUCUCUCUUCCUUUCCGACGCUACCGUUAACGACCGAGCUUAACUAAAGGUAAAUUACUAUAAAUACCUACCACCACCCCAUAAUUCCCGUGUUUUUUUAGUUGGAAAACUCGUCCGUUUUUAUCGUAGAUUAAUCCAACGUUUAACUAGAAUGUUCGCUUUGUCAAUAUUUUCUGUUUUGACCACUUUUUUGACGUCUUAAAUUAUUUUUUGUUUUUUUUUUUUCGAGUAUAUAGAAAUGUCAAGUCACUUGUCGGCCAUAUUGAAUUGGCAAGCGAAACUCGCAAUUGCCAGCUGUUCUUAGAUGUUUCGAAGCGCUCCUCUGGGAGCUGAAGGAUUGACGGAAUUAUAUAAAAGUAAAUUUUUCCCUACGAAAUUAAAAUUUCGUAGGGAAAAAUUUACUUUUAUAUAAUUCCGCGAACGGGUUAAAUUCCGUAAUUGGGUAGAAGGGUGUGCAGAGAUUACUCUAUGGAAGUCUAUAAGUUACCGUGCCAAAUUUUUAUAUAGAAAACCUAAAU